CAGGAUUUAUCAGCUCUUGGUGUGCUGCUAAAUCGUGUUGACCCAAUCAAGAUGUCCACUCCAAUAACAAGAACCAACUUCAACAAACAGCUACAAUGUCAACAACUUGAACAGCAAGAUCAUUUGUUUCAGACACAGAAACCGAGCCAGCCUGAUUUUUCCCAAAGCCAGAGCAUCGCUGUUCCAAGGACGGUCCUCUCCAACAACAGUUCCUCCAGAUGUUCCUUCAAGUGUGCGGCAGGUAUGAUUCAUUUUAAUUUCUACUUUUUUCCCGAUAUGUGGUUUGAGUUGUUCAUCAGCUUGCUUGUGUGAGAAGCAUAACUAUAUAUUACAAGACACCAAAUGUGGUUAAGAAAACUUGUGGAUGGAUCAUGUCUUGAUAUAGCUAGCCCCAGAAAUACGUAUUACAUGCAACGUUGAGGGAAAUGUUCCCACACAUAUUUUUCAGCAUCAAGAAGUUUGUACUUGAAUUGCCUUUUUUAGUAUUGUUUUUUAGGGGAGUUUGCAUUAUUUUAUUACCUGGUUCAUGGUACACAGAAAUUCUGUCAAAUUAAGAAAUGCAACUUACACGCCUGAUAAAAUUUUAACUUAACCUUAUAGGAGUGAUCGAUGGCUGAAAGCGCAGAAUAAAAUAGCCAAAAACAUGCUUGAAUCUAGCAUGGUAUCUGGAGUUGAAAUACAUGUGAUUUAUUUUUACAGAAAGUUGGAAUUUUUUUUUUUGGCAUUUUGCUUUAUACAUGCAUGUGCAUGGAACCUAGAUGUUUUGCAAAGAUCUACAAAGAACUUGUCAAUAAAAACAAUAAUAUUGCCUUUAUAAUAUAGUCAUGCAUUUGAUAUCAAAAAGACUCUCUCAAUUAGUCAUAGGAUGCUUUAUUAUUCUGGUUUGUUUUUGUUGUUUUUCUCAGUUUUUAUAUUCCUAGAGCCGUUCAUGUUGAUUAUGUAAUAUUUUUAAGAAUUUGCUUGCUUGUAGAAUUAGCAACAAGCAAAGGCAAAUAAGGAAAAAGAUACUCUCUCGGGAAAUAACUCUAUCACAUUGAAGUCACUUGCCUUCUUAAUUAUUCACUGCUUCACACAGUGAACAUGUGAAACUGCAGUGGUCUGGGUCAUGUUCAAAGUUUGUGGUGGAGAUAUUUUGAUCCCCAAUGUUUGAUGUGUUGACAGAUCAUGGUGUCAUGUUCUCACAUUCACAUUUUUUAUGAUUGUGUUUGAGUCCCAGGGGAACAGAUAUGAUAUCUCUUUUCUUCCAAACAUAGCAGCAUAAGAUUGACCUUUCUUAGAUAGAUAGAUCAUUUUUCAGCAAUUGUCUCUUCUUCUAAUAGACUAUUUUCCAUACUAUGUUGUUAUUAAGAGGUGUGCAUUAAAACUAUUUAUUUCCAAUGCCUGAUUACACAGCUAGGUUAGGAGUCCAUGAGAAUAAUUACUUUCAGAAACAAUUUUUGAGCCAAAAUAGAUUUUUUUCUACACUUUUUCUAGAACAAAGAGAAUUUUUUGAAAAUGGUAUGUGACAAGGAAAUAGGUUAGUCAAACUUGCCACAAAGUAGCUCUGGUUUCCUGUUAGAUAACAGCUGUAACUUCUUUUCUUCAGGUAAAAACCCAGCUAGAAAAUCCAACUCGCUACUUCAUCCAACAAAAACAGAAAAGGCA